CUUUGCUUUUCAUCACAACAACAUACUCGAGUUUUCUACAACAAUCAAAAUAAUUUAUUAACAAUGGUGACUAAAAGAUCGCUCCGAAACAAGGAAAAUGAUGAUGAAGAAAAUACCAAAGUAAAGAAUAAUAAUUCAUCAUCAAUUACAUCAAGUUCAAAGAAGGAUAAAAAGAAACAAUCAAAGAAGGAGGAAAAAAAGAACAAACAAAUUGCUAAACAGCCAGUUGUGGAAGAAGAUUCUGAAGAUUCAAAUUCUGAAGAGGAAGUUCAAAAACCAACAAAAUCAAAGAAUUCUAGACUAGUUACGGAAUUGUCAAAGAAUGUAAAAUUGGAUUCAAAGGAAAAUGAUGUUUCAUCUCAAUUGGCUACUGUUAGAUUUUUGAGAUCAAAUGGUGAGAAGGGAUUGGAAAAAUUAGUAACAAAUUAUCAUUUGAAAGUUAAGAAACAUUCACACUUCUCUAAUUUAUUUUCAUUGAAAUAUGACAUGCUGAAGAGUCCAUUCUCUACUGAUAUUGUACAGGAAUGCAGAGGAUUAGUUUUAGAUAAGGAUAAUAAUUAUAAGGUUGUUUGCUAUCCUUUCAAAAAGUUCUUUAAUUAUGGAGAAAAGUACAAUGCCUCAAAAGAUAUCAAUUGGAAGGAAGCUAGAGUUUAUGAAAAAAUUGAUGGAAGUUUAUGUACACUUUAUUAUUAUGGUGAUAUGUGGUGGAUUUCAACAACAGGAACUGCCAGUGGUAAUGGCUAUCUCCACAAUCAAAAAAGAACAUUUGACAAACUCUUUUGGGAUUUAUGGAAAAAAUUGGGUUAUCAAUUCCCAGAUCCUAAGGAGAAUAAGAUUUACAUGUUUGAACUCUUUUCGAAUGAACAUACAAUCAUUGUAAAGCCAGAUAGAGAUAGAAUCGUGUUAUUGGGAGUGAGGGAUUUAACAACAUUGAAAGAGGAAGAUCCUGUACCAAUUGCAGAGCAAAUGAAAUGGGAAUGUGUACAAUCUUACCCACUCUAUACUUCUGUAGGAAUGGUUUUCGAUGCAGCCAGAAAUUUGGAUCCAUCCAAAUAUGAAGGAUUUGUUGUUUGCGAUUCCAAUUUCAAUAGAAUCAAGAUUAAGAGUCCACAAUAUGUUGCACUUGCCCAUUUAGUGAAUAAGGAUGAUGAAGAUGAUUCAGAAACUCAAGAUUCUCCAUCCCAAAUUCAAUCAAAGAAGAGAAAAAUGUUGCAAAUUGUUCGAAGUAAUGAAUCAUCAGAGUUUUUGGCUUACUAUCCAAACCUGGAAGAGAUACAUACAAGUGUUAAAUCACAAUAUGACAAGUUGAUUUCCAUCACUAAGGAGAUAGCAUCUGACAUCAAGGGAAAGUAUUAUAGUAAUAACGAGGAAGAGACAUCGAAUAAGGACGCUAUUGUGAACUUUAUUCAAAGAAAGUGUCAAACUGAUUAUUCAAAAUUAUUAAUUUCAAUUUUGGAUAAACAGAAUCCAAACAUCAAAGUUGAUGAAGAGGAGAUGAAGACAAGCAAAAAGUUUUCAAAAAUCGUUAAGCAAACAAUGACAAUUGCUGUUUAUCAAGAGAUGUUUGGAAACAAGUCAUGUGAGCAAGUUUAUACAACGGUAGAAAUCUCUGCUCUUUUUGAUUUGUUAAAUUUUGCUUUCUACUUGUAAAUUAAUUUGAAAUAUUAAAACAACAAUUUCAUAUC